AUGGCUUCAGCCCCCAAGGAGAAGAAGGAUGCAGACUUCGAUUGUUUCUUGUUCCUGAAGACAGGGUUCUUUGCCUGCCUCAACUUCGUCGACAUGGUGACAGACAUUCUUGUUCUGCUGCAGUUUGGGUGCCUGUUCGGCAAGCCUUUGCGGACAGACUGUAAUGCCACCUCCGCGUUGGACAGCGACACCAGCGAGACCUGCGAGGUCCACCCGUGGUGGCUUGCCAUUAGCGCAUUGAUUCUCGGCUGCUCGUCCAUAGGCUCGGCCGCGAUGUACAGCCACAGACGGCGUGAAGGAGUCAAAUCUCAUGGCGUACGAAGCUUUGCCGCUGCGAUAAGUUUCGUGGCGUCACUCUUGCAGCUGGCACCGUUCAUGGACUUACUGCACAUGUUGCGCCACGGGAACCGCUUCAUGGAUAAGGAGAAGAAGAUGAAUAUAUUGAGAAGAGAGACAAUCAUCAAGCUGGUUGAGUCAGCCCCGCAAGCAUUCUUCCAAGCCUACGUGCUCUUUGCAACUGGAUCACAUGGCCAGCCGCUACAAGUGUUUUCCCUGACUGUCUCGAUCCUCAGUCUGUCCACUUCUCUACUGGUCAGUCUCCCAGAGUUAACAGAGGCAGAGAAGAUGAUUUGGAGAGGCGGCGAACGCGAAGAUGACUCGUCUGACCCGUUGACUGAGUCCGAUGAUGCACCAAAGCCGGCCGCACACGAUCCUCCUGAAGAGGAGUCCCAGGUUGGUCAUGAGGAAGAGGCACCUCUUCUUGAACAACGGGAGCUCAUGUCAAUGCUACUGUAUGUCGCGGCGAAGGCGAAGGCCAGACAGAAUGCGAAACGCAAAACCUACCGGCAGUCGGUCGCGGCCAGCCGACAGAGUCGUAGAGGGGAAGUGGAUGACCAGGCUCGUCUGACUGACCCUCCAGCUAUGAUGCUGGGAUCGUCUGCAGCACCUCCGGAAGGGCAAACUCUUGCAGAAGAUCCUUUGCAUGAAAAGAAUCCUCCCAUAAAGGUGCUCUCACUACUUCACGACUCCAUGAUUGGCAAAUUUUUCUUCUGGAUCUACUUGGUGUCGGACACCCUGCUGCGAUGUGGGGCCUAUGCUUUGGGCUUCUCCGAGGUGGUCAGGCCGAUUGGGAUUCCGCUGGCCAUCAUCUUUGCCGUUUGUCAGGUUGCGCUCAGCUUUUGGGAGACGACUUGUGUGAUAUUGCAUCUUGUUUGGUUGGGUCUGCGGGCGCUGCUGAGAGCGAUCUGCUGGUUAGUAGGUUUGGCCCGCCGCAGUGUCGCACAGCUCCCUGAAGCACUGCGGUUUCUUUUUUCAGGCUCCCAGUCCCCGCCGUUGCCUGAAACCUCAGACGGUCCACAGGACUGGGACGUUGAGUGUGCAGAAGCAUGCUUGCCUUGCCUGCCAUGCUUCCUGAGAAUCGUGAAAUUCUUCUGGUGCAUUGCUACUCCCAUAGGCCUGGCAAUAGCGCUUGUGUUCGUAGUCUUUCUGGCUGUGCUUGGGUUUCUUGCAUACUCUCCCUUUCUGGCCUUGAUCGCGAUCUUCUGGACCUUGAUCGGCGGGUGCUUUGCUAUUGCUGUGACUGCAGCUCCAGUGGUCGCGACGCUCAACAGGGAUCCUCGCCACAAGACCGCUUUUGUGAUGGUCAGGUUGAUCGAGUACCUGUCGUUCGGCGCCCUUCUAGUGUUUUCUGGACAGUCGGCCUGUGGCGAGGAGGGUUUUUCGGGAAAUCUUAGCCUUUUUCUCUGCGCUUGCGUCCAACGUUUCCUCUAUCCUCAUCUUCGUGGCAUUACACCAUUGUGCUGCAUCAAUCGUUGA